AUGCAACCAAAGAAGUAUUCUGCUGCGGCGCAGUUGCACAACCCGUUCAAGCUGCAAUGGGGCCACGAUGGGGUGAACAACCUGUCGCCUCCCACAGACGCAGUGUCAACGACGAUAGGGCCGUUUACUCCUGGAACCCUGCUUUCCAUCACAGUGACCACCCUCAACAAUCAGCCGGCCACUGAGUACUUCUCCAAAGUGCGCCUCAUCUGGUCGGGCCGUCAGGAAGACUUCAUGGCCAGCGAUACGAUGGAGUACGGCCUGGAGUGCCUUCCGUUCAAGGGCACGUUCGGCAACGCCCAGGUCGUGUGGGACUUUGCGGCCGCUACGAUGGCGCCCUUCACGCAGUCAGGGCUGGAGAUUGCCUUCUUCUUCUUCCAGAUGAACGGCGUGAUUGGCAACGUGCAAGCGUCCAAUCUCAUCCUGACUGUGGAACUUACGGACAGCCUGUUUGCCGUAACCCAGAAAAGCUACGUGGUCCAGAUUGCCCAACCGGCACAGACCAGUAAUCCAACUCGAACCCCCACGCCUACUCCCACUCUCACUCCAACGCCAACUCCUACUACAAACCCCCAAGCCACUAGUACCCCGACCCCUUCUCCAACUUCGACGGCCGCUUCCCCAACAACGGCUCCGACUCCUACCCCGACUCAGAGCGGUGCACCACCGACCAAUACUCCAACUCCAACCCCAACUCCCCCUCAGGCAACCAUUCCCGCCCAAACCACUGCCACGUGUCCGGCCCUACCAGCCCGCAGCCUCAGCGGGCAACCCGUGCUUCAGCGCGGACGGACACACUUCCUCGUUUUGCACGGAACCAAGCCCGCUGUGCGCGCAAGACGCGAUGAACAAUUGCCUGCCGACUCAGGGGUAUCCAUUCCAGAACGCCGCCGGGCAGACGUGCUAGAACUGCAGCCGGGGGAUUUUGAACGGCGAGGGGGGAUCCCUGUGUGACGAGGCCCGGAGAAACGAUAGAUCAACUUUUAUGGGUCGAUCGCGUUGAUGAAAUGGGGUUUGAGAGGUAGGAAAAGUAGGAUCUCGCUGCAUGCGCCUCUUGUAACGCGCGGGCACGAAUGCAAGAAAACAUGCAGGUCGAUAGGAACAGAGGUUUGGCAGAGCAAUUGCACCCAGUUUGCCAAAUGUAGCCGGGCAACGAACUUUCAUACUUCGUGGGCAAGAUGGUCGUAGAAAGAACCGCUCGCUUAGUGCGAAUUUUGAGUUAGUAUCCGGAGGCAUUUUGGGCCCAUAGCUUCGGAAUGAUGGGCGCGCACGUAUCAGUGUUGGAGUCGUCAUGGUCUCGGACUGAGUAUAGCUAUUGUCGUGUCGGAGGCUAAUCAUGUAGGGUCGACCGUCCAGAACUAGAGAGAUCGAAUGCAUGGAUAUGCAUAUGCUGUGAUUCCAGCUGCGCC